UAAAAACUGUUUCAAUCUUUCUAAUAAGCCUCCUGCAGCAACAGUCAAAGCAAAAAAUGUUCAAAAUAAGCCUUCAAAUAUCUGUGACUGCUCAAAGGGUGUAGUUCUAAUGCCAUGCAAGGGAAUUUUAAAGAAUAAAACCACAAAUGAAGACAAAUGUUCAGUGAAGAUAAUAUGUGAUAAUGUCCCUCGAAAUUCACCUAAUGUUACCAAGAAUGAUAUCUGUUCUCAAGCUUUAAAACAACUUCGAAAUGAUCAAUACCUCCUUUUAAACUGUGCAGAUAAACAAAUUUGUGAACCUAAUGAUCAAAAUUCGAGAAAUAAAAAUGGAAGAGAUGAGAACUGUGUGAAGCAUAGAAGAUCGAUUUCUUGUUGCCCAAAUGCAGAAAAUAAUAAUCAACCUUCAGAUAAUUGUCCAGAGAAAAGAGGAUCAAACAAAAGAUUGGACGAUGAUUCAGAUGAUGAAUACGAAGGAGGUGCAGUAAGUAAAUUAUCAACUUUCCUAAGUGAUAUAUACAGAAGGCGGCUGAACGAUAUCGAUAUUGUGUCAAAUGGUAAUCUGAAGCUAAAAGCUGUUACCUAUAAGGAAUGGGGUACGAUGUUAUUAAAAAUGAAUGAUAAUAUGCUGCGACAUGCAGAAGAUUUGGAAUCAGAUAUGGCUGAGCUUUUAGAGAAGGAAAGAAAACGUAUACAGUUAAAGAAUAAAGAAGAGAAAAAAAUGAGGAAUAAAUACACUCGGGACAUAACUAAACUCAUUGACAUAUUUGCUCAUGCAUAUCAAACUAGGGAAUGGAACUUUGAUUGUGAUUUCGAAACGUUCAACAAAGAGAUUCUUUUGUAUCCUAAUAACUCUUGCUAAAACAAUAUGUAAUUUAAAACACUUUUCGGCACUAAGAUUUACUACUAAAAUGAACUUUACAAUUAACAAUUGAAAUAGAAACCACUUAACA